ACAAAGCUAUUGAUUGUAACACAUCCUUGUAAUCUCUUCCUACGUCCACAAAAUCAAAAUCUAUUUCUUGUUUUUGUGUCUGUAUUUACAAAGAAGAUAGGUUUGGAAGAAAGAAACGCAGAAGAAAAAUGGCAGCAACAUUUGCAACACCAUCGACGGUGGUAGGUCUCGGAGGAUCAUCUGUUUCUCCUAUCAACACCAAAGCCCUCUCUUCAUCCUUUCUAAAGCCAACAACAAGAGCAAAGAACCCUCUGAGAGUCGCCGGAGCAUCCGGAGGAAGAUUCACUUGCUUUGAGAGCAACUGGUUGAGGAGAGAUUUGAACGUGGUGGGGUUUGGACUGAUCGGAUGGUUAGCUCCCUCUAGUAUUCCGGCGAUAAAUGGGAAGAGCCUGACGGGUCUCUUCUUCGAGAGCAUAGGAACUGAGCUCGCUCACUUCCCAACUCCUCCAGCUCUCACAUCACAGUUCUGGUUGUGGUUGGUUACAUGGCACUUAGGCCUCUUCAUCUGCCUCACCUUCGGACAAAUCGGAUUUAAGGGCAGGACCGAGGAUUACUUCCAGAAAUAAAUCAUUCCUCUUGUUCCAUUUGUACCAUAUCUUUCUUUGUGCUAUAUUUUGAUGUUUCAUUCAGUGUCGACAAGUGUUUCUUAAUGAUCUUGAUUAUAAGAUUGUCGAAGCUUGGUGAUAUGAUUGGAUAAACUCAUCAAUAUUUCAAACUC